UCAGAGAGUGGUGGUGAUUGUGGAAACCAUCAUGGCUGGUCUUGGAGCUCUUAUCAUAUUCUUGCUGUGGGCCCCCCUGUCUCUCAGCCAGUUUUUCCCAGGAGGGUGGGGACCCGCGUCUUUCAUUCACCAUAUCCACGGAGGGUGGGGACCCGCUGACAAAAACAGCAAGGCUGUGCUAGACAUAGCGGAAUUCUGUGUCUCUCAGUACAACACAAAGAGCGAUGGUAACCUAUCCAAGGUUAUUUGCCUUGAAGACGCUUCUCAGCAGGUAGUUAAUGGGAUGAACUAUAAACUGACCAUGGUGCUGGUACAAACAGAAUGUACGAAGGACUAUAAAAAUCGUCCAGAUUGUGACAAGUCAUCAUCAUCCAAGGUACUCCAAUCAUUAUUUUAUCUUCACGUGUCAUUCAUGUCAUGUAAAUCUAAUGUACAAUUACAGUGGAACCUCGUGUGA